UGUGCUAAUCAAAUGUCAAGUUAAUCAAAUUCAGCACCUUGAGAUUUUGUUGUGAAAGAUAAAUGUGAAUUAAUGAAUUAAAUAUGUCCCUUAGAAAAGCAUUUAGUUUAUCAAAAACUUUAUCAGUACAUAAUCAGACCUCAAAGUUUAAUGUAACAAAUUCAAAACAGAAGAAAUGGCUUAUUACUGCAGAUUCAGUUCGAACUUAUUCUACCGAUAAUUUAGGAGAUAAAAAAGAAAUCAAAGCAGAAAAAGUGGACAUUCUGGGCCGGUUCUUUCCACAAGCUCCUCUCAGCAGUGAGGAUGCACAGGUCAUCAAGAAGGAGCAGGAGCAGUUUGAUAAGGAAAACAAGGAGAAGACGGAGGAGAAUGAGAAGAGUUGGAGACGGAUGAAGAUAGGUUUUGGCGUGUUUGGUGGUGCGCUGACCGUAAUGGGCGGUUGCCUAGUAGUGGAGAUGGGAGCUCCGCGGCGCGGCGAAGACGGACAGAUCUUAGAGGAUGAGUUCUCCAAUCUGCCUGUGGUGCUGCAGUACCUCAAGCGGACCUGGAAGGAGCUUACUUUCUAUGAAAAGAUGAUCAAGGAGCCGUCUCGCGAGAAACUCCUGCCAGAUCCUCUUCCGGCUCCGUACCAGCCGACUUACACUCUGGUACUGGAGUUCACUGAUGUGUUAGUGCAUCCCGAUUGGUCUUAUCAGACCGGCUGGAGAUUCAAAAAGCGUCCCGGCCUAGACCAGUUCCUACAAUCCGUAGCCAACUCAAACUAUGAAGUGGUGAUUUUCACUACGGAGAACGUGUUUAUGAUCUGGCCCGUCAUAGACAAGCUGGACCCGGAGAACAAGCUGAUCAACUACAGGCUGUUCAGAGACUCCACGCAUUUCAUUGAUGGCGUGCAUGUUAAGAAUCUCGACGGAUUGAACAGGGAUCUUUCUAAGGUAAUAGUAGUGGACUGGAACAAGGAAUCCACGAAAUUCCACCCGCAGAACACGCUCAUCCUGAAGAAAUGGAAGGGCUCAGACGACGACACCUCACUCCUAGAUCUAGCCAAUUUGCUUCAGACGAUAGCAAUGUCCGAUGUGGCUGACGUUCGCGAUGUCCUAACCUACUACAGCCAGUUCGACGACCCUAUCGCCAUGUUCAGAGAGAACCAGAGGAAGCUCAUGGAGCAGAUGGAACAGAAGGAGAGGGAGAACCAACACGAGCAGCCACUCACUAGGAACUGGCUCCGGUCCUUUACAAGGCGCUAGGCUAUGGAUGACUGCCACUAGAUCCGAGAUUACGAUAGCAGUCUGUAAAGAAACUACUUUGGUCCAGGCCCUUGACACACUAGCGCGUAUUCUGUGCUUUAUUUUAAGGCUGCGUUCUCACUAGAACCGAGAAAGAAUAAGGGCUAGAAAUAAAGACCGGCAUUUAAAGGUAGCACAAUAUAUUUUCUUACCAAUACUUCGCCAAUUCGAUGUCUGGUCAUCUAAUGAAUUGUACCUAAUUGGCUUGUAAAGGAUUGGAAAUACCAUAAACAUAUGAAAUAUGUCAUUUCUGUUUACUUUGGAUGCAGACAUUAAUAGACUUUAAACGAUGAACAUGAAGUUGAAAUUAGUCUGAAAUUUAUUCAACUGAGAUCAUAGGUGCACAUACUUUUGAAGCAUUCAAGAGAUAAAUAUGUUCUCUCAAAUAUCUUUUCCAUUUUACUUUUAAAUGACAUAUAUUAUUCAUCAUAGCUCUUGUAGCAUGAUGAGUUAUAUAAUUUACUGUUUAUUGGGCGAAUGUAAUAAAAAUACACUAAUUUUAAUUGCGUUGGGCAUCGUCAAUAUUUUGUAACUAUUUAUUCCUAUCUACUAUGUAUUGUACAGAGAUAUUAACAUUUCUUCCUUUUUUUUUGUUUAUAAUAUAAUUAUAAGCAUGUAAGUACUUAUUGUUUUCGGUUGGCGACCCAACGUUCUGUUAUACAAAAUGCAAUUAUAAACAUUUCCUCGUAAAGUCCUUAGUACCUGAAGAGGAAAGUUUAAUAUCGCAUUAAGAAGCAUUUGUUAUGUUGGUAAAUUAAUUUUAUGUAUAAAUGUUGGCAUGACUGCUUAGCGUGUAUGCGGAUAUGUUUGUAAACUCAGUCAUUAUA